AUGGAUAAAGAAAGCCACCUUUCAUUGACAUCAAGUAAGAUUGACAGCGGAAAAGAUGAAAUAAAGAUUGAUGAUACUGAAAUUUUACUAUCAAAUAAACCAACUUUUGUCAGUACUAGUUUGCGAUAUAACUUUCGAUCUGCGAAACCGAUUGCCUACUUAUCUCAGGAAAUUUAUGAUAUGGAUAGUUAA